UCCCGCUGUUUUUUUCUAACCUAUUUAAAGAGCCGGGUGCCAACGCGCUCUAUUUGUUUUUUAAUCUCUUUUUUAUUAAAAAAAGGGUAAUUAAUAAUAAAAGAAUUAGUGAAAUGGCUCCAACAACGAGGAGAAGUAAUAAAAAUUCUAAAAGAGGAGGCAAAAAAUCUCAAACUAAUGCAAGAAAACAAAAAGAGACAAAAAGGAGAAAUGUUUCUACAGAAGAGCAAGAUGUAUCAGAAGAUGAAAUUGAUGAAUACGUGGCACAAGCUAUGGAUAAUCCAUUAAAAUUAAAAUUAUGCAUUAAAGUAGAUCACGAUAAAUUGGAAAGUACAGUCCAAAAGUUUAUGAAUUCUGAAAAUUCCGACGAUGAAGGUAUAAUUGAUGCUAAACCCAAAAGUCCAAUGAAGAACAGUCCCGAUCAUUUGUCUCGAUCAAUGAAAAAUUUAGAUAUAAGUAAUAAAAAAACAACGAACACUAGGAAAUCUCAAAAAGAUCUCAAAACAGCUCCAGCAAGAAUAACUCGUAAUUCAACAGCCCCACAAAUAAAAAAUGAAUCUGAAACUCCUAGUCGUGCACGUUCUGCUCGUAAGACAUUAAAUUCUGAAGAAAAUCUAAUGUCAAGUGGAAGGAAUCUCAGAGAUCGUAAAACAGUAGAUUACUGUGAUGGUGAGGAGGAUUCAACUUCAAGAAGCAGAUCAGUGAGUAAAAAACGUAAUGGAACACGUGAAUCGAAUGAAAAUGAUUUAUGUGAAACACCAAAGAAACGAGCAAUGAGGACAAGAAUGUCCACAAGAGAGCCUUUAAAUUCAGUCGAUGAAAAUCAAACGCUUACUAAUGAACGAACAACUCCUAAGAAUGCACGAAAAGUUAGUACCAGAACAAGGAAGAGUAUUAUUCAAACAGAAGAUUUGAACCAGGGAACUCCAAGUUCAGUUUCGGAAUGGAAAAAUACGUCAAAAACUAAAAAUUCCACUCCUGUCAGAAAGAAAUUAUUGCCUGAAAAAAUUAUUAAUGGAACUCCAAAAAGUCGUGUGGGAACUCCAAAAAGCCGUGUGGCAACUCCAAAAUUGAGAAGUACACUGACACCAAGUACACAAACGAGAAAUUCCACAGUUUCAAAACCGAAAACAAAUCUUCAAGAAUUUCGUACUCGUUUGCACGUUAGUUUUGUGCCUAAAUCGUUGCCAUGCAGGGAGGCUGAAUUUAACGAUAUCUUCACGUUUCUCAAGGGAAAACUCACUGAGGAAAUUGGAGGGUGCAUUUACAUAAGUGGUGUUCCGGGUACGGGAAAGACGGCAACUGUCAAUGAAGUUAUUUCAUGUUUGAAAAAAUUAGAAUCAAAAGGCGAAUUAUCGCCGUUUGAAUUUGUCGACAUCAAUGGAAUGAAAUUGACCGAACCUCGCCAGGCUUACGUGCAAAUAAAGAAGAAAUUGACAGGAAGCAUAAGCACGUGGGAAGAAUCUCAUCGUUAUCUGCAUCACAGGUUUACGACACCUGCGCCUCGUAGAAAUAUGACUUUGUUGCUUAUUGAUGAGAUGGACCUUUUGUGUACAAAACGUCAGGAGGUGGUUUAUAAUCUUUUGGAUUGGCCAACGCACAAAGCUUCACAUUUGGUUGUGAUAACAAUUGCCAAUACAAUGGAUUUGCCCGAGAGAGUUUUAAUGAGUCGUGUCACCUCUCGUUUAGGAUUAACGAGAUUAACAUUCAGUCCCUACAAUCAUAUCCAGUUAAUGGAAAUCGUUAAAACUAGACUGAAAGAUAUGGAGGGCUUUAAGCCAGCAGCUAUUCAACUUGUAGCCAGAAAAGUAGCUUCUGUUUCUGGCGAUGCACGACGUGCCUUGGACAUUUGUCGUCGAGCAACGGAAAUCGCCGAAGGUAGCAAUCGGGAAUUCGUCACUAUUUUGGAUGUGACUUCCGCUUUAAAUGAAAUGAUAGCAAAUCCCCGAGUGCAAGCUAUUAAAUGUUGUUCAGUAAUGGAGAAAAUAUUUUUAGAAGCCGUUUGUCAAGAGGUGUCACGAACCGGAAUCGAACAAGUCACUCUAAAAAAUGUUUAUCUACAAUUCGAAUCUAUAUGCCUUCUUGAAGGUGAAGGAGUUCCGAACAUAACGCAAACUCUGGAGAUUUGUCGAAAACUAGCAUCAUGGAGAUUAAUUCUAUGGGAAUCUGGCGCAGAUUUGUAUCAAAGUAUUUUGCUGAACGUCACAGCCAAUGACAUUUAUUUUUCAAAAAAGAAAACCUCGUAAAAAAUCAGAAAGAAAUAUUGGAGGUGAAUAUUUGCAGCACCACCACGAUUUAUCGAUUUCAACACCAUGAACAUCGCAAUCUAAAAUUAAAUAUUUUAUGCAUGUGAUUUUUAUUAUAAUCAAUUUUUUUUUAAUCUAAAAAAAAGAAAGAAAAAAAAGUUAUCUUUACCACAAUUUUGUUGAAUUAACCAUUCGAGUAAACCAGAGCCACAACCGACACUGACAAUUCCUUUUAAAUUUGUUUCAUUAAUUAUAUUUUUAAUCCACGACAAAUUCUUGAAAUUCGGUGAUACCCAAAGUAAUUGACGACUAUUUUCAAUGUCACAAUUAUUCAACAGUUCAAUAAUGUCUCGCCAUUUAUUUUCAUUGUAUAAUUUUACAACUUUCUCCAUAAUUGGAUUUUCCAUUUUCUUUUUUUUUUAGUAAAAAUUCAAAACAUAGAAUAAAAAUAUUUAAAUCCGUCAAAUAAUUAAUGAGCUGGGGAAAAAUAAAUAAUAAUGAAAAAAAUUAAAGCGAGUUGACUGAAAGUUGGCAGGUCACUGAACGUUUAGAACUUAACGGAAACUGUACUUAACAUUGAAUUUGGACCAGCCAAAUUUAUAAAUAAGUCAAUGUCAAGUGAGAAAUUCACGUCAUACCGACACAGUGCCUUCGAAAAUAUUGUAUGAGAAUUUCCCUCUGUCCGCACGUGUGGAAAUAAAGAGAAAUUUUUUUAGAAAAA